GUUUACUUAACUCCAAACUGUUGACAGAUACAAUCAUGUAAAUCAGCUCUAAUUGGAAAUUUACACGCAACGAUCAACGAUAUGGAUCUCUUCAUUAUAAGCUAACACUUUUUCAAGUGCACAUUAUGGAGUUUAUUAUUACUUUCAAUAUGAAUGGCGCUAUCGCUGAAAAGUAAAUACCGGCCAGGAGGGGGACUUACGCAUUCGCCAAUUACGGAAAUGGAUGAAGACGUCGUAACGCCCGCUAGUGAGGGUCCUUACGUGACCAGAGAAAACACACGGUCUAGAGCGGAAGUGGGGGCGCUCGGGAUGGGCUCCAAGAAGGCGUCGCUGUACCUGAGUCGCACGGCGUCCCUCGUUCAGCCGGGAAGAGAGUCGAGGGCAAGCUCACGGUCGGGAACGCCUAAACAGGAGGACGCUUCUAGUAAAAAUGGUGAUAAGGACUCAAGUUCAGAUAAAACCAGUGUGUUCUCCUUGCAAAAAGAGUUUACUUUCACUGGAUACGACAUCAUGGCUGAUGUCGAACCACAACCCACUCAGCCAAAGAAAACCACAACCGAUGACUCGGACGAAGAAAAGUACAGACGAACGAACACAGACAGCUACCUGAACGCGUGCCGGAUGUUGGGUCAGGUUCCCGUCAACUACGUCGCCCGCCAUAUUAAUGACAAGAACAUGGUGAUGAAGAGCCAUCCGCUAGGUCCGCCUGGUACCAGAGCAGUCUGUAUAGCGCUUGUGAAUAAUCGUUUUGUCGAAAGUAUCGACUUUGAGGAUAACGACCUUGGAGCAGACGGCGCGGUCAGUGUCGCCGAGAUGCUUCGCGAUAAUGACGUCAUCACCGAAGUAAGGAUAGCAGAGAACCUUAUAGGAUCCCGAGGAGCGCACGCCUUUACAGAAUUGCUGAAGGAUGGCAAACAUCUUCACACCCUUGACAUCACAGGAAGUGGACUUGAGGAUUCUGAUUCCAAAUACGUAGCAGAUAUGAUAGAGUUUAAUCCCCAUUUAAGAGUGCUGAAUGUGAGCCACAACCGAUUAAGUGAACAUGGUGCAAUCGACAUUGGACGGGCCAUCGCAAUAAACGACACUCUACAGGAGCUGGACCUGAGUUGGAACCACAUCCGGGGCCAUGGAGCCACCGCCGUCUCUAUUGGUCUUCAGAGAAACGUAGCGCUUAAAAAGAUCAACCUGUCGUGGAACGGUUUCGCGAAGCAUGGUGCAGAAGGGCUAGGGCGUGCGCUCGCCGAGAACCGAACGUUACGGGAGCUUGACGUCUCCAACAACCGCCUUGGGAUGAAGGCCGUUCCGCUCCUCAUCAAAGGCCUCCAGGAGAAUGACGGCCUCGAUAUGCUCAGGAUCGGACAGAAUCCAUUCUCACCGGAAGUUGCCUAUGCAAUUUUAAAAGCGAUCGGAGAGUCAGAGAAAUGUGUUCUUACGAAACUUGACUUGUCUGACAUCGUGGUACGCACAGACUUCAUCAAGGAAUGGGACGAGAUUAAGUCAAAACGUCCCAUCCCGCUACGGAUUAUGUUCGGCGCAAUAGUCAAAAGCGUAACGGCCCCCGCGAAAGACCCGGAUGCGUUAGAUUGGCGAGACCCGGUGGUGCGUAUGUUCAAGUUUAUGCAUGACGAGGGAUACCGGGUGAUUGACCUACUUAAGAAGUGGGACAAGGACGGAAACUUCAGCGUUGACAGAGAAGAGUUUAAGCGAGGAUUUCAGGAAAUAAAGGCGGAUAUAGAUAACCAAACAAAAGAAAAACAGAAACAGGCGGAGAACAGUUUGCUAACAGCCGCCCAGUUAGACGAACUUGUUGACCGAUUAGACACAGACGGAGACGGUGAAGUAGACCUAGGGAUGUUCAGAAAACUGAUAAAGCGAGCUGCUAUCGGCGGAGAAGGACUUCAGAAGGAAGAUGCAUCUACGCAUCAGGAAGUUGGCGGAGAAAUCACGGACGGCAGCAGACAAAGUGGACUCCGUAAUCAACAAGCUGAAGAGGAUUGAAGAGCUAUGAGGAAAGUUAACUAGGUGUUUAAUUGGUGUAGACACUCGGGACACGGCCGGUCAUGGAGGCUCUGCCACACUAACACUAUGUGGAUUGAUCGUUGGACGAUAUUACAAAAGCGAGUUCCUGGUGUUUUUUUAAAAGCGCUGGAUCAUGUAUGCUUAGUCCCUGCCUUGACAGGAAUUAGAUUGUUUAACUUACAAUUUGCCAAUUCAUUAGUUACGCUGAACUGUUGGGGCAUUCUUAUAUCAGGAAUGACCAUUCACAUGUUUGAAGUUUGUGUCAUAUUGAGAUUACAAUUAACAUUUAAUGAGAUGCCAAAAUAUGGCGUACUGUGAUAUUAUUGUUCAAUAUUCACUACGUUUAGUCAUAAUAGUGAAAUAUAUUACCAUGUGUGAUAUUGAACUGUUGUCUAACUGCAUGUAUUUACAUUGAUGUAGCAAGAUAUUUUGUUUGAACAGUCUUUGGCUGAAAUCAUAAAUGACAUAAAUCAGA